CACCCAGAGCCCAUCUCUCUCUGCCCCAGACCUUGGAGCUGUUGUCCCACCCAUCACUGCAGAGAGCUGAGGCGCCAUGCAUGGGGGCCAGGGGCUGCUGCUCCUCCUGCCGCUGCUGGCUGUCUGCCUGGGUAGGACACAAAGGAAUCUCAGCCUAAGGAGGGUCCAGGGCCGGAAUCAGGAGGAGCGCCUGCUCGCAGACCUGAUGCAAAACUACGACCCCAACCUGCGACCUGCGGAACGAGACUCGGAUGUGGUCAACGUCAGCCUGAAGCUAACCCUCACCAACCUCAUCUCCCUGAACGAGCGAGAGGAAGCCCUCACCACCAACGUCUGGAUAGAGAUGCAGUGGUGCGACUAUCGCCUGCGCUGGGAUCCGCGAGACUACGAAGGCCUGUGGGUGCUGAGGGUGCCGUCCACCAUGGUGUGGCGGCCGGAUAUCGUGCUGGAGAACAACGUGGACGGUGUCUUCGAGGUGGCCCUCUACUGCAAUGUGCUCGUGUCCCCUGACGGCUGUAUCUACUGGCUGCCGCCUGCCAUCUUCCGUUCCGCCUGCUCUAUCUCAGUCACCUACUUCCCCUUCGACUGGCAGAACUGCUCCCUUAUCUUCCAGUCCCAGACUUACAGCACCAAUGAGAUUGAUCUGCAGCUGAGUCAGGAAGAUGGCCAGACCAUCGAGUGGAUUUUCAUUGACCCUGAGGCCUUCACAGAGAAUGGGGAGUGGGCCAUCCAGCACCGACCAGCCAAGAUGCUCCUGGACCCAGCGGCACCAGCCCAGGAGGCAGGCCACCAGAAGGUGGUGUUCUACCUGCUCAUCCAGCGCAAGCCCCUCUUCUACGUCAUCAACAUCAUCGCCCCCUGCGUGCUCAUCUCCUCCGUCGCCAUCCUCAUCUACUUCCUUCCUGCCAAGGCUGGGGGCCAGAAGUGUACCGUCGCCAUCAACGUGCUCCUGGCCCAGACUGUCUUCCUUUUCCUUGUGGCCAAGAAGGUGCCUGAAACCUCCCAGGCGGUGCCACUCAUUAGCAAGUACCUGACCUUCCUCCUGGUGGUGACCAUCCUCAUUGUCGUGAAUGCUGUGGUCGUGCUCAACGUGUCCUUGCGGUCCCCACACACACACUCCAUGGCCCAAGGGGUCCGCAAGGUGUUCCUGAGGCUCUUGCCCCAGCUGCUGAGGAUGCACGUUCGCCCGCUGGCCCCGGCAGCUGUGCAGGACACCCAGCCCCGGCUACAGAAUGGCUCCUCGGGAUGGUCGAUCACAACUGGGGAGGUGGCCCUCUGCCUGCCUCGCAGUGAACUCCUCUUCCAGCAGUGGCAGCAGCAAGGGCUGGUGGCAGCAGCGCUGGAGAAGCUAGAGAAAGGCCCGGAGUUAGAGCCGAGCCAGUUCUGUGGCAGCCUGAAGCAGGCUGCGCCAGCCAUCCAGGCCUGCGUGGAAGCCUGCAACCUCAUUGCCCGUGCCCGGCACCAGCAGAGUCACUUUGACAAUGGGAAUGAGGAGUGGUUCCUGGUGGGCCGAGUGCUGGACCGCGUCUGCUUCCUGGCCAUGCUCUCGCUCUUCGUCUGUGGCACGGCUGGCAUCUUCCUCAUGGCCCACUACAACCGGGUGCCAGCCCUGCCAUUCCCUGGAGAUCCACGCUCCUACCUGCCCUCACCAGACUGAGCCAACCAACCACCUCGGGGCAUGUGGGAGUCACACACGUGGGUCACACUGAGUCUUAUCAGCCACGUUCUCCUACUGAGGUCCUAAGUGUACUCUUUGGGAAGUGCCCUUCAGGGCUGUGUGAGCCAAACAGCCCUAAGAAAAGCUGGGGAAAGAGUCUGAGCUGGAGUCCGGGAGUGGUUGGGGGUGGGCUGUGGUUAGUGUGCUGCUGCGGUCAGCAUGCGUGCAGGACUGGCUAGCUUGUCCUGGCAAUAGCUGCUCCUCCACUCAGCGCACUCCCCUCACUUAGGCCAAGCAUUAUUCAUUCCCAUCAAUCUGAAGUCCAAAGGACUGUUUUGUGUAAUACCUUCGGGCUUGGGACUGGCUCCCUUUUUACAAGUUCUCCCUGAAAGAGGGCAGUCAAGAGAGGUGUGAAGAGUAGCGGCCAAUGAUCUCUCCAAAGCAGGGCAGCAGCCCAUGCCAGCUGGCAUCUCCCCACUGUGCCUUCUGGGUACAAUAAGCACCCAAUUCUCAAAAGCCCCAGUGGCCUUUCCAUUCAUGUGCAUUUUUCUACCACUGACCACAAGACAAUUUCCUGAGUUUUGUAAUCCUUUUUAUUUUUAGUUUUUGAUGUGUUGUUGUUGUUUUGUUUAGUUUUGAGACAG